GUGCCUUAUUUCCCGAAGGGCUAUGCCUUCACUACCUCGCUUGUCUGCAUCUGGUCCAAUCAAAAAGAGCUCUCUCCUUAGGCUUCCAGCUUGCAAGCUGACUUCAAAAGACGCUUCAAGCCGUUCGUGUUGAGAAGGUGAAAGCAAGGAGCUGGCACUACGCUGGGCGUCAACGUUUGCCAUCGAAUCAGUGGGGAGACUUUAGGAAGCUUGGAAGUUGCUGCGAUUGUUGAGGACAAACAGACAAUUCAACGUGGAAUCAGACGGAGGCAAUGGCUUUGAGAUUCUUAUUAAGCGGGGGGAGACUCAAACUGCCAAAAGAUUCCCUCAAGGCAAGCGGGGUGCUCAGCAGAGAAGUCGCUUGGCUUGCCAGGCAUGGACCGUUUGGACCGCAGCGCCACCUUGUCAAUGCAUCACUGGCUGCAUCUGUUCCUCAAGAAGUCACCCGCCCUGAACAUCUGAGCUUUCCCAAGUCAUCCCCAAAGCCCGACUUCCAGGCUGCUGAAGCCGAAGGCCCGAAGCAGCUUCCCUUUGACUUACCGCGCCAUGGUUCAAUGCACAGCUCGAUGUCCCCUCAAAGCCUCAGCAGCAAUGCUUUCAGAACUUUCCACAGCAGUGCCUCGGCCGCUAAUGCCAUGCAAGAAGACAGUGCGGUGCGCUGGCAGAAGCGGGUGAUUGCCAGGGCAGACAGGGAGCGGAGGCAGGCGCAGGCUUACCCGGCAGAGUAUGAGGAAGUGGGAGCACAAGAAGCACAUGUGGAUCCAAGCAUGAUGCCGCAAGUUCCGCCGCCGACGCAGCCGCUCGUGGGGGCUCUGAGGCCAAAGUCGGCGGAAGAGGCUGCGUUCGCUUCUGUGCUCGCCCGUUCUGACCUCAUCAUGACGAGGAAAGUGGAGUGGGCCAACCUUCUAAUUGGGUUUGAGCAGCAAAACAAGUACACAAUCGUGGAUCCUUAUCAACCAGAUACGCCAGUCGGUUUCGUGGUGGAAGAAAGCAAUCCGAUUUUACGGCAGCUUCUUCGCUCGAGGCGGCCGUUCACUGCAUCGGUGCUCGACGCUCAGGGCCGUGAAAUUAUCAAGAUCAAGCGGCCCAUCUUCUUCCUCAAUAGCACGAUUACCGUCGAGACCCCAAGCGGAGAAAAGAUAGGCGAAGCGCACCGCCGGUGGCACCUCUGGAAGCGAAACUACGACUCUUACGUCGGGAACCGCCAGUUUGGCGAGGUCAAUAACUGGGGCUUCUGGUGGUGGACCUUUGAAGUGAAGGGCGAGAACGGGGAGAACAUGGCCGUUAUCGACAGGAACUGGCGGGGCUUCGGUUUUGAGCUGAUGACGGACGCCGGGCAGUACUGCGUCCGGUUCGGCGACGCCACGGGAAAAGAGGGCCGGCCGCAGCUCGAGAGUCUCGCGCAGCACGGCCUGCCGCUGCAGCAAACAGGGCCCGCCACCGACCAGCCUGAGACGCCGGACGUGUCCGGGCAGUUGUCGCUGUCCGAGCGCGCAGUGAUUCUGGCCCUGGCCGUCUCCCUUGACAACGACUAUUUCUCGCGGCACAGCGGCGGCGCGGGCGGUUUUUUUCCAUUCCCCUUCUUUGGAUCUGAGGCCUCCGACUCGCGAACCGAGGAGUCCGUUCCGGAUUCAUCCGCUCCCGUUCCGAGUGGAACAGCUGCUCCGCCAGACUUUCGACCGAGUGACGAUGCUGGCGGCGGAAUCGGCGGAAUGGUGGCCGGAACGGCGAUGGCGGAAGCCAUGCAGCGAGGGAUGGGCGGGGAGGGAGAUGUGGCCGCUUCGUCCGCUGACCCUGCAAGCUCUGCCUCCGACACGGCUCCGCCCGCGCCCGAUGACGCCAGCGAAUGGUUGUCCCGGGACGCGCCGCCCGAGGGAAUCUUUGCGGAAGAAUCUGCUGACGAUAGCUGGGAUGACGUCCCGGAUGACGUCAACGAGGGUGCCGGUUGGGGGGGCAGCGACGACGGCGGAGGCAGUUGGUUUGACGUGUUCGGUGACGGGGAUUAGGACGUUUUGUGACGAUCGCCGCCUCUCUCAUCUAUCUCGCAGUCUUCGGGUCCCAUCUAAUUGUAUAAUGAAAUUAUUAGCCGGAUCUGCGCAAUAAACACUCUCGCCAAAGGCUCGGGUCACCAUAUGCAAAGAGCACCGGUUAUCUAACAACGGUUUGGAAAAUAAGAGGCGCCUGCGGGGAUUCUUGGAUUGUCAAUUUAAAGGCGCUGAUUUCCGCUUUACAGGCCUGCGAUUGUGCCGAUGUCGAUUGUUUCUUAACAUCGACCAAAACCAAUGAUGCGCACAGAUCGAUCAUGCUAGCAACUUGUGCAGGGUCGACCCAUUGGGGUGUGCAGGGUCGAACCAUCGGGGCAAACCAUUGGUCUCCUCAUCAUUAUAACUUGCUUGAUAUUAAGCUCUUACGCAUUUUCAAAGGUUGGCGGCCCGCUUAGGUUUGAGUCGCAAGAGCAGUGAUCGAGAACUUGU